AUGUUAGAGAGCGGCCCGACAGGAUCUUUGGAGAAUCAGGUGCCAAUGACCAGUGGACUGACGGGCAACUAUGAACACCUCUGUCUACUCACCAUCCGACCUCUGCACACAGCCCUGUUGACUGCUCUUUUCAUGCUUCCCAGUCUGGUAUUUUGCCAGUGGCAUAGAGAUGGUAUGCAAGCAGUAGAUUCCGGUUUCAUUCUUCUUCGCUCCAUUGUUGCCGCGGCUUGGGCGUCCUUCCUCUUUGGCUGGCAUGUUCAUGAAAAGGCUGUUCUUAUGAUAACUCUUCCAUUAACAUUUUUAGCUGUGGCUUCACGACGACUUCGGGGAAUCGCCUUUUAUGUCAACACCGUUGCUCACUUUAGCCUCCUUCCAUUGAUAUUUACUCCAAAUGAACAACCCAUUGUUCUGUCUUCUUACCUACUCUACACACUAACUCAAUAUCUCCUGUUGGGACGCUCGUCAAAUCCAGUUACUGGCGGUCUUCUGUCUACUCUCUGGCCUGAAUUGACUAGUCUCGCUCGAAUCCACCUUCUUGGCUUGAUCCCUCUUCUAGCUGUUAAUCGAAUCCUUCUUCCUCGUGUGUAUCCACACUUAGAAUUUCUGCCCCUAAUGCUGACCUCGGUGUACUGCGCUGUAGGCCUGUUGGUGGCAUUCCUCGUCUACAUAUGGAUCAACUUUGUGUGGUUCUGGAGAGAGAAGCAAGCCGAGGUGGAGGAUGAAGGUGAGAAUCAAUUCUAUCAAGCAAAAGAGUCUUUUUUCAAGAAGAACGACUAG